GUCUGUCUGUCUGUCUAGCAGCUCGCUGUAGCUGUCUGAACAAUCGGAAAUAAUCCUCUGCCUUUUGAAAAUGCUGGAGAGCUCUGUUCCCAAAUGUGAAAAGACUCCACGGACAAGAGCUAGACGAUGGCUAUGUGUUAUGAUACUGUUCCUAUUUGGAAUUUUCUACAUUUUAGAGCCCAGGAUGUCAUGGUCCUCGGACUUUUGGACGCCACGCUCAUGGUCAAGCCAAUCUCACAACAAUACAACAUCUUCAGACAACAGUAUCUCACCAGAUGACCCUUCACUAUCUUCACCACCUUCACCAUACUUUGUGGCAUACCCUCAUCGGUACCGUUUCAUAUUGGACGAACCCCAUCGAUGUUGGCUGGAAAACCCAUUUUUGGUUCUUAUGAUCCCAGUUGCGCCCCACAAUCGAGAGGCCCGUGAUGCAAUCCGCAACACGUGGGGCAAAGAAACAGCCGUGCUGGGCCGAGUGGUCAGCCACUACUUCCUCCUGGGACUGUCCAAAGAGGAUGAUGGCACUGAAACCCUCAAGGAGCAAGUGUUACAGGAAAGCCAGACACACCACGACAUUCUCCAGAGUGACUUCUUGGACAGCUACAAAAACCUCACCAUUAAAACUAUGCUCAUGUUGGAAUGGCUCAGCUCCCAUUGCCCCAACACCGCCUACGCCAUGAAGGUCGACUCGGACAUGUUCCUCAAUGUCCACAACCUCGUCAACAUGCUUUUGAAAGCUCCCCAACAUCUCUACAUGACAGGACUGGUGGUGAGGGGUGCUGCUGUUCUUAGAGACCAUACUUCAAAGUGGUUUCUCCCGGUUUCUGCCUUCCCUGAGCGCAUCUACCCACCGUAUGCCCUGGGACUGGGCUAUGUGUUCUCAAUGGAUUUACCCAAGAAGAUGCUGGAGGCGUCUGCACAUGUUAAAGCUGUUUAUAUUGAAGACGUGUACAUGGGGCUGUGUAUGAGGCAUUUGGGAAUCGCACUGACAGAUCCUCCUCGUGGUGCUUUGUUUAGGGCAUCAAUACCUCACUGGAUGAACAGUUGUUACUGGACCUCUGUUAUUACAACAAUACUCCAGAACUCUAGGCAGCUUUCAGAUGUUUGGAGAGUGUAUCAGUCUAUGAACACUUCUGUCUGUGCCCAGUGACUAUUUUGAAGUUACACCCUAUAACUUUAUAGCCCCCUUGCACAGUACAGCGGUUAUAGCACCGCUCUGUUUACAUCAUAGUUACUGCCUUCCCGACUUUUGAUACCAAAUCAAAGAGAGGCCGUGAGACAGAUGUGCAUUUUGAA